AGAAUUCGGUUUCCGUUGGUGGCGGCCGAGGCCCCGGACCCGCGCGCUGAGUUAGCUAGCACUAAAUUCUGAUUCCUGAAUGAAAACUGGUGAAAGCAGCCUCUUCGUAAACCUGUAGAACCAUGGCGUCAGCUUUGGAGCAGUUCGUGAACAACGUGCGGCAGCUCUCUGCUCAAGGCCAGAUGACUCAGUUGUGUGAGCUGAUCAAUAAAAGCGGAGAACUGCUGGCAAAGAACCUCUCCCACCUGGACACUGUGUUAGGAGCGCUGGACAUUCAGGAGCACUCGCUUGGAGUUUUAGCUGUGCUAUUUGUAAAGUUCUCGAUGCCCAACAUCCCAGACUUUGAAACAUUGUUCUCUCAAGUCCAGCUGUUCAUCAGCACCUGCAACGGAGAGCACAUUCGAUACGCCACAGACACUUUUGCUGGGCUUUGCCAUCAGUUGACUAAUGCGCUAGUGGAACGGAAGCAGCCGUUACGUGGGAUAAGUAUACUCAAACAAGCAAUAGACAAAAUGCAGAUGAACACAAACCAGCUUACCUCAGUUCAUGCAGAUCUGUGUCAGCUAUGCCUGCUAUCAAAAUGCUUCAAGCCGGCAGUUCCUUUCCUAGAGUUGGACAUGAUGGACAUUUGCAAAGAGAAUGGAGCGUACGAUGCAAAGCACUUCUUGUGUUACUACUAUUAUGGUGGCAUGAUCUACACGGGUUUGAAGAACUUCGAGCGAGCACUGUAUUUCUUUGAGCAGGCUAUAACCACUCCAGCUAUGGCAGUCAGUCACAUCAUGCUUGAGGCUUAUAAGAAGUAUAUCCUUGUCUCGCUCAUUCUCCAUGGCAAGGUGCAGCAGCUUCCCAAAUACACAUCACAGAUUGUCGGGAGGUUCAUUAAGCCCCUCAGUAAUGUUUACCAUGAGCUGGCGCAAGUGUACUCCACCAACAACCCUGCGGAGCUGCGCAGCCUCGUCAACAAGCACAGUGAAACAUUCACACGCGACAAUAACAUGGGCUUGGUCAAGCAGUGCCUCUCGUCAUUGUACAAGAAGAACAUCCAGAGGCUAACCAAGACGUUCCUGACGUUGUCUUUACAAGACAUGGCAAGUCGAGUUCAGCUCUCAGGGCCUCAGGAGGCAGAGAAAUACGUCCUGCACAUGAUUGAAGAUGGAGAGAUUUAUGCCAGCAUCAACCAGAGAGAUGGCAUGGUCUGUUUCCAUGACAACCCUGAAAAAUACAACAACCCUGCAAUGCUCCAUAAAAUUGACCAAGAGAUGCUGAAGUGUAUAGAAUUAGACGAGAAAUUAAAGGCCAUGGAUCAGGAGAUCACCGUUAAUCCCCAGUUUGUACAAAAGAGUAUGGGAACGCAAGAAGACGAUGUUGGAAGCAAAACCUCGUCCUAUUCCUGAGGCCACUGCAGCGAACACUCGCGACUCCUGUAAUGCUGAAGAACCAUCAUCAGGACAAAUAUCAGCCUAAUGGACUAUAUCAGAGGAAAACCUAAAAUGUCUGCAAUUAUUAUAAUUAGUUUUUUUCUUUCGCAGUGCUCUCAUACACACCAACCCUGUUUUGUCAGUGUUUUUAUUUAUCAAUUUUCAAGUGCAAAACCACAGCUGCAUUUAUGACCGAAACAAUAAAAGUACUGGACUUCUUUGUCUGAAACGCU